CCAAAACAAAUUAAAUCAAAUUAAAUCACUACAACAAUUAUAUAAUAUUAAUAAUUUAUAACAAUUAAUUUAAUUAUUAUAACUAUUAUUUAAAAUUGAUUCCAAAAUGCUGACCAAAACCCUAAUCCUCUCCCUAUCCCUCCUCCUCCUCUCCACCACCACAACCACCUCUGCCGCCGAUUUCUGCGUCGCCAACCUCGCCGGCCCGCAGUCUCCGGCCGGAUACUCCUGCAAGAGCGCCGACAAAGUAACCGCCGCCGACUUCACCUUCAUCGGAUUCCGCGCCGCCGGCAACACCUCCAACAUCAUCAAGGCUGCAGUCUCGCCGGCGUUCGACGCCCAAUUGCCCGGCGUCAACGGCCUCGGGAUCUCCAUCGCCCGCCUCGACCUCGCCCCCGGCGGUGUCGUCCCGCUGCACACCCACCCCGCCGGAUCGGAGGUCCUCCUGGUGAUCCAGGGCUCCAUCGCCGCCGGAUUCAUUUCCUCCGCCAAUAAGGUUUACACCCAAUUACUUAAGAAAGGUGACGUCAUGGUGUUCCCCCAGGGGCUUCUGCAUUAUCAGAUCAACGCCGGCGGGACGGCGGCGGUUGGCUACGCCAGCUUCAGCAGCCCUAGCCCUGGAUUGCAGAUAACGUCGAUUGCGCUGUUCGGAAACGACCUGCCGUCGGCGGUGGUGGAGAAGGUGACGUUCCUUGACGACGCGCAGGUGAAGAAGCUGAAGGCGGUGCUCGGUGGAACUGGUUGAGCUUAACUAGUGAUUUGCUUUGUGUAGCCAUUAAUGGCGGUCGUCGUCUUCAUUCUUUUGUUUCGGUGUCUUGUUUUGUUUGGAUUUUAAUUGUAAGUUUAAUUUGUGCUGUUUGAAUAUGAGCACCGAGUUCUGUAGUUA